AGAAUAAGUAGUUGGAAGAGAACGGCAGUUGAAGAAGAAGAACAUGCAUUUGCUGUUGGAAUUUCGAGUGAAAAGCAAUCAGACAAGUAUACAACGACUACUACUACAAGCUCCGACCAUGGUCAAACACGAAAACCCUUUGUUUGUCCAUUAAAGCUUGAGCUCGCAUGGGAGUGAGUGUAAUCAUUUUGUAUUAACUUUCUAUAUUCUGCAGAGUCCAGAGUAUUGGAAAAGUUCAUUUUGAGUUCAGUGAAGAAGCUUGCAAUGGGAUUCCUGGAUCUAUUCAUUGUGGCAUUGAUGCCAGUGCUGAAAAUACUCUUAAUUACUGCUGUCGGUUUAUUGCUUGGAACAGAGCGUAUAGAUAUCUUGGGGGCAAAUGCAAGGUCAUAUUUGAAUAGAUUGGUCUUUUUUGUGUUCAGUCCUUCAAUUAUUUUCAGCAACCUGUCUGAUACAAUUACAUUAGACAGUUUGGCAACCUUGUGGUUCAUGCUAGUGAACAUCCUUCUCACAUUCCUUAUUGGCACUGCCCUUGCAUGGAUACUCAUAAAAAUCACAAGAACUCCUCAACAUCUGCGAGGCCUUGUCAUUGGUUGUUGUUCCGCAGGAAAUCUAGGAAACUUGCCUCUGAUUAUAAUACCAGCAGUCUGUGGGGAGGAAAAUAGUCCAUUUGGAGAUUCUUCUGUUUGCUCUACAGAUGGAGAGGCUUAUGCUGCACUUUCUAUGGCGGUAGGAUCAAUAUAUAUAUGGACUUUUACGUAUCCUAUCAUGCGGAUAUCUGCAAGCAAAACUGAAGAAAUUGUUAUAGAUGGCUCUUCAAUUAGGGAUAACAAUUCUAGAGAAACCUCACAUUUAUAUUCAGAGAUUGACACAGAAGCUCUUCUUCCUUCAAAGGGUUGCCCAAGCUCUGAGGAAUAUAUGGAUCAGGUUGAACCCCAGUCUACAGGAUCAGAAGGAAAAGCAAAGGUUACAUUGCUGCAGAAGACUACCCUGCAACUUAAGAUGCUCAUUGGGCACAUUGACCUCAAAAAAUUGUUUGCACCAUCUACAAUUGCCGUGAUUAUCGGGUUUCUUGUCGGACUAGUCUCUCCAAUUCGAAAGGUACUGAUUGGUGAUGAUGCUCCUCUUCGUGUGAUCUACAGUUCUGUGAGUUUGAUAGGGGAGGCAGCAAUACCAUGUAUGACUCUGAUUAUUGGAGCAAACCUUUUUAGAGGUCUCAAAAGCUCCGGAGUAGGUCCAUUACUCAUCCUAGGGAUUAUCGCAAUUCGAUACAUAAUCUUGCCUUCACUGGGUAUUGUAAUUGUUAAGGCUGCACACCGUUUUGGCAUGGUGGAAUCAGAUUCAUUAUUUCAAUUUACACUUAUGCUUCAAUAUGCACUUCCACCUGCAAUGAAUGUAGGUACCAUUUCUCAGUUGCUUGAGACUGGACAGAGCGAAUGCUCUGUCAUUAUGCUAUGGACUUAUGCUGUGGCAGCAUUCUCUCUAACUCUCUGGUCAACUAUCUUCAUGUUGGUUGUUGCUUAAUCAGAUUAUUUGCAUAAAUGAUCAAAUUACAAUGAGAAGCUUGCCUUCUUUUGUUACUUUUCUGUCAAAUUUUGAGAGGAAUUUUGUAAAACAUCAAAAGUGCAAUAUAAUACUGAGCUUACACUCUUUAUUAGAUCUA